AUGCCAAACAAAACCAAAUCCGAAGAAUCCAAACCUGAACUACCCUCAUCGACCUUUUGGACCCUCGGAAACCUGCUAUCCGACCUUCUGUCCCUACUUUUCCUCCUCGAACAUUUACAUACCCAACCCUCACCCAGCCUGCUCGCACCGAACAAGUUUGUCUUGGGAGAAGAUUUACGGCACUGGGCCGCAGAUGCCCAAGAAUAUAUCGAGUUGUUCCCAGAGGACAACCGGCAGCGUGUUCUGCUUUCCCUGUUGGACGGUGAAGCGAAGGAUAUAGCCCAAGACGUGAUCCGGCCUGGCGACACCAUGGCUGCAAACGCGUUCUUCCGUCUGCGUCAGUAUCUUACGGAUGAUACCGACAGGUUGACGGCUCAAUACAAGUUACAGAAGGCGGUCCAAUAG